UUUUCAUUUCGAUUUCAGGCUCUGCGCGUGGGGGAAUAAGAGGAGUUCAUAUUGAUCGGCGUUUUCAUUACAAAAACUGUUUUUAAGACUGAAUGAUCUAAUGGAGACCAAAGGUGGGAAGAAGAAGUCUAGCAGUAAAUCCUCAUUUUAUGAAGCUCCUCUAGGCUACAGCAUUGAAGACAUCCGACCUCACGGUGGAAUCAAGAAGUUCAGAUCUGCUGCCUACUCCAACUGCGUGCGGAAGCCAUCCUGAUUCUCAACGAGCCUCCUCAUAACCAAUUUAGAUUAAUAAGCCAUUAUUUUAUUUUGUUCCUGCUCCCCAUUUUUACCCUUCUUGUUAUCUUUGUUUGCUCUCUUAGCAUCAUUAUUUACUUCCCCUGAGGAAAGAUGGCCUUCCCGGUCUCUGCAAUUGGAUUUGAAGGCUAUGAGAAGAGGCUCGAGAUAUCUUUCUUUGAGCCUGGAAUCUUUGCUGAUCCUGGAGGGAAGGGCCUCCGUAAUCUGACCAAAACUCAGUUGGAUGAGAUCCUUACACCUGCUGAAUGCACUAUAGUUGCAUCACUGUCAAAUGCAGAUGUCGACUCAUACGUCCUCUCUGAGUCCAGCCUUUUUGUGUACGCUUACAAGAUAAUCAUCAAAACUUGUGGCACCACAAAGCUUCUUCUCUCAAUUCCACCAAUCCUGGAGUUAGCUAGCUCCCUUUCCCUCUCUGUAAGAGCUGUGAGGUACACUCGUGGAAGUUUCACAUUUCCAGGAGCUCAGCCAUUUCCACACCGUAACUUUUCGGAGGAGGUCAAGAUCCUUGACAGUUAUUUUGGGAAGCUUGGAUCAGGUGGUAGAGCUUAUGUGAUGGGUAGUCUUGUCGAGUCACAGAAGUGGCACACAUACUCUGCUUGUGCAGAAAUGGACAACCACCAAAACCCAGUUUGUACCCUUGAGAUGUGCAUGACUGGCUUGGACAAGAAGUUGGCGUCUGUCUUCUACAAGACUCAAGCAAGCUCAGCAGCUGAGAUGACUAAUAUCUCUGGUAUAAGGAACAUCCUUCCCCAUUCCAAAAUCUCUGAUUUUGAGUUCGAUCCUUGUGGAUACUCCAUGAAUUCCAUCGAAGGUGCUGCAAUCUCUACAAUUCAUGUUACUCCGGAAGAUGGUUUCAGUUAUGCGAGCUUUGAAGCAGCGGGUUACAAUUUGAAGACUAUGAACCUCAAACAACUGAUAGGCAGGGUGUUAGCAUGUUUCCAACCGAGGGAGUUCUCUAUAGCUAUUCAUGCUACUGAUGUCUUGAGCAAUGGGCUUGAUUCUGAUUGUCCACUAGAUGUCUCGGGAUAUGACGGUGGAGAGGGGAGCAUUCAACCUCUUGGAAUGGGUGGCUGUGUUGUUUAUCAGAGUUUUGUUGGUAAUGGUGAUUUGGGGUCUCCCAGAUCAAUUCUGAAAUCCUUCUGGAAAGAGGAAGAAGAUGAUCAAGAUGAUGCUGUGGCAGGGUAGUUCAGUGCCAGU